UUGACUCAAAUUCUCUCAUAAAAUUCUAUAAGUUGUUCUUUUUAAUACACUUCAAUCUUUUUUUAGUUAGCCUAUAUAUACUCUCAUUUCCUUCUUUUGAUUCACUUCCACACAUAGUGUAUAUCCCUAUCCCUUCAUUUAUAACAAAAGCUAUAUACAUUAAGGAAUAAUCCAUUGCUCAAUGAAACAAAAUAUAUAGAUGGAAGAGACAAGCAUAUUAUCAAUUGGAAUAUCUUUGGUUUGUGUAGUAUUAGUAAGUGUCUCAUGGGGUAUUCUAAAUUGGGUAUGGUUUAAGCCAAAAAGGUUAGAAAAAUGCCUUAGAAAUCAAGGGUUUAAUGGAAAUUCUUACAGGUUAUUGUAUGGAGAUACCAGUGAAAGAGCUUGGAUGACAAUUGAAUCUAGAUUAAAGCCAAUGCCUAACCUAUCCAAUGAUUUUCUUCCACAUUCUCUUGCAUUUUUCCAUCAUAUUAUAACUAAGUAUGGGAAAAGAUGCUUUAUAUGGAAUGGACCUAUUCCAUUGGUAAACUUAGUAGAACCAUAUUUAAUAAGAGAAAUAUUUAUGAAGAUAAAUGAUUUUGAAAAAGCAAAGUCAAACCCACUCAUAAAGAAGGUUGCACCUGGCUUGCUUUUCUUAGAGGGACAUGCAUGGGCUCAACGAAGGAAACUCCUCACUCCUGCUUUCCACAUCGAUAAGCUCAAUUUUAUGGUUCCAGCAAUAUGGGAAAGUUCAAAAGAGAUGAUCAAAGAGUGGGAAGAAUUGGCAUCAAAAACAGGUUCAUGUGAAAUUGAAGUUUGGUCAUCUUUACAAAAAUUAUCUGCGGAUAUGAUUUCUAGAUCUGCUUUUGGAAGCAGUUAUGAAGAAGGGAAGACAAUUUUUGAUCUUAUAACUCAACAAAUUAAGAUUGUGGUUCCUGUUUUUAAUUCUGUUUAUAUCCCUGGUUGGAGGUUUUUACCAACCAAAACAAAUCGAAGAAUAUCAGAGAUUGAUAGAGAAAUUAGGAUACGAUUAAAAGGAAUAAUCAACAAAAGAAAGAACAUAAUAAAAAGAGAAAUGAGGGCAAAGGAUGACUUGCUUAGUACAUUAAUUCAAGACAAGUUUGGACAUGCAAAUAGAAAGCAAGAGAUUAAAAAGUUAAAUAUUGAAGAAGUUGUAAAUGAAUGUAAGUUAAUGUACUUAGCCGGACAAGAUACAACUUCUUCCUUAUUGUUAUGGACACUAAUUAUGUUGGGAAAGGACCAAAUAUGGCAACAAAGAGCAAGAGAAGAGAUCAUCAAUGCAUUUGGGGAUGCCAAACCUCAAUUUCAUGAAUUGAAUCAUCUUAAAAUAGUAAACAUGAUACUACAAGAGGUUCUAAGAUUAUAUCCACCAAUAUUAGAAUUAAAUCGUGAAGUUACUCGAGACAUAAAAAUAGGAGAUGUAAUACUACCAGCAGGAGUGUUACUAAAUAUACCAAUUCUACUUUUGCAACAAGAUGAAACAAUAUGGGGUAAAGAUGCGAAAGAAUUCAAUCCCGAAAGAUUUAGUGAAGGAAUAUCAAAGGCUAGUAAGGGAAAUAUGUCAUUCUUUGCAUUUGGUUGGGGACCUAGAAUAUGUCUUGGAUCGAAUUUUGCUAUGAUUGAAGCCAAAUUAACAUUAGUCUUCAUUCUACAAAGAUUUGUAUUUGAGCUUUCACCAUCUUAUCGUCAUGCCCCUUUAAAUGUUGGAACUCUUAGACCUCAAUUUGGUGCACAUAUUAUAUUUCGUCGUCGACCAUAAUUCUAUCACUCUAGUUUGUUUUGUGUUUGUAAUACGUAUGUCUAUAUUUAAACAAUAGUGAUGAUAUUGAUAUGUUUUGUUUUUUAUUGAAAUUUUUAAUAGUUAUUUGAAAUAAAUUUGGAGUUUUUCA